AUGACUUUCAAUCCGAACUCAGACGACCUUGAUAUUUAUGAUACCUCGGAUAUCUUGUUUCAAUCAAUUGAAAAGGUGGAUCUUGAUGAUCCAAAAGAAAAGGUCUUUGAAAUGCAACUGGAAUUUGAAGAUUCAACAACAGGAUCAUCAGUAUCUUCAGAUUCAGAACUUGAGGAAUUCCCGAUAAGAACAAUGGUAUCCCAGAAUACGGAUCCUGAGUGUUCUUCGAAAGCAGUAAAAGCAGUACUGAUAUUGCCAGACACGAGGGAUAUCAAUACUGGGGUUUCUCUGAAUCUGACUUCCCAAAUAAUCUCAAGACCAUCAGGUGCAAGAAUGAUUAACAACAGAUUGACCUUUACGAAACUAGAGAACAAAUCAGAAGUGAUGAAUGCACUUGCCAUUAAACUUGGCCUUUCUCCCGCUCUCAAGUUUUAUGAUGUCUGUUCAUUUACUGGAACGGAUUCAAUGAAGAACAUACCUCGUCCAGUCUAUGCUCUCCUAUUUUCCAUACCAUUCACGUCUACCUGGGAAUUAAUUACACGUGCAAAGGAAUUGGCAAAACCACCUUAUAAAGGGAGUGGACCUGAUCAGCCUGUGAUUUGGUUCAAACAAGUAAUUGCUGAUGCUUGUGGCUCUAUGGGUCUCUUACAUUGCCUUUUAAAUGGACAGGCUCAUAGAUAUAUUCUUCCUGAUACCAUAUUAUCAAGACUCUAUGAACGAUCUAUUCCCUUAGGACCUGAUGACCGAGCAACGAUGUUAUAUAACGACCAAAAUUACGAAGAUGCUCACCAGGCCAUUGCUAUUUUAGCCGAUAAAGCAUCAUCAACAGAGAAAGUUGAGAAGUCGAAACGUCAUUUUGUGGCUUUUGUAAGGGGGGAAGAUGGGUCAUUAUGGGAAAUGGAUGGAAGUAGAGGGGGUCCUAUUCGUAGGGAACCAAGAUUGAAAGAGCAUGAAGAUCUUUUGACUGAUGAUAUAUUGAGAUUUUGUAUGGGAGGAUUUGUUGAUACUGAUAGUGAUGAGGAUACUAUGUGUAGUUGCAUUGCUCUUGCUAAAGAUCCAACUGAGGCUGUAACUUUGCCUUUGAAUUCUCUUAGUCGAGGUCAUUUGAUGAAUGAAAGAGGCGAAGGUGUACAACCACGUACCUUUUGGGAUCCAGCUUGGUAUGGAACUGAUUAUUGGCCCUGA